UAUGUAAACAAAUAAAUAAAUAAAUAUGGCUUUCGCAUUAACAAGUAAAUUAUACCCUGCAAACCAUAAAACGGUUUUUGUGUUAGACCACACUCCUUAUUUUGGAAUAUCAUGUGAAAAUCCAAUAGAAUUUGAAUUUUUGAAAAGUCGUGCCCCCGGUUUUAUCCCUAUGAACCCUAUUUCUAAGUCUCUAUGGACAUCUAGUGUUGAAUCUGCUAUCGAAUAUUGUAGGAUUGUAUGGGACUUAUUCCCUCAAGGAAAAUUGGUUAGAUUUAUAGCUAGCGAUACAGUGGCACAUAUUUUGAACACAUGGAGCCCUACACAACAAAACUUGACACAUAUAAUGAAUGGCAUGUCGCUGAUAGGGGUACCACCUCCCCCCCAUCCACCCCCAUCAAUACGAUCAGUAAGUACACCCUUAGAUUACACCGUUUUACACGGUUUAAGAGCUGCGAUAGAGGCUCUCAGCGAGGUAACGGAUUUGCAACAAGAAAAAAUAAAGAGCUCAUUAGACGGGCAAAAAAUUCUCAAUAAAUGCCGAGUGAUUUGUAUCACAUCGGCAAGGGACAAUGACAGUAUGAAGAGGCUAGAGGAUAUUUUUUUAACCGUGUUGAAGCAACAAAACAAGGUAGCUGCAGUAUCGGAGAGGUUACUUACAAUUGACCAUUGUCAUUUGGUUAUUAUAAAUACUUUUCCUAUAAAUAUAGAGUCCGAGGUUAAUAACCAUCCACCGAAAAAUUUAGCUCCCAUCUUAACGACGGAAGUUCAUUCCAUCAAAGCUCCGCAAAUCCCAAACAAAUUGUCCUCGUUAAUAUUAGAACACUAUGAUUUAGCCAGUACCACCGUUACAGGCAUUCCGAUGAAGGAGGAACAGAACGCUUCCUCUUCUGCAAAUUAUGACGUAGAAAUAUUUCACGCGAGUUCGGCACACACCGCCAUAUUAAAAGGAAAUGCUUCGGAUUCUGCCGCUAUUAGAACCAUAAAAGAGGGCUUAGAAUACGAAACGACAACCUUAAAAUGGUGCACCCCAAGGGGAGUAUCUGGUUCUGAGCUUCAGAACUGCACCUGCAUGCACAGAAUCACGCCAGUCGAUGUAAACUCUAGGCCGUCUCUUUGCCUCAUUAAUUUCCUCCUGAACGGCAGAUCGGUCAUGUUGGAAAUGCCGAGAAAGGCAGGCGGGAAGAUAACAAGUCACUUACUAGCCGCCCAUGGCGGAGAAAUUUUUAUACACACACUCUGUACAGCGAGAUCAGUGUUGGAAGACCCGCCGUCAAUUUCUGAAGGCUGCGGCGGCAGAGUGACCGAUUACCGCAUUCCCGACUUUGGCGUGUUAAUCAACCAGAACACAUUAUUUCCAAUAAAGGUAAAAAGUAGCGACGAAGGACCCCAACCCAUACAAAAAAUGAAAACUAGGUUGAGUAGACUUACCAGAUAUUGGCCUUUAACGAUUAGUUCAACGCUUAUAUUCAAUUUGAAAAACUACUUUGACCCUCUGCCGACACUCAUAACAAAAGAAAAGAUCUCCGACGAAGAGGUCUUCCAGUGCAAGAAGAUCAUAUACAACUUAAUCUCCCUAGAAUCCAAGAUGGAACCCUUGCACCCGUUGAACACCGGUCAGAGAAUGAAAGGACAGAAAAGAGAGGAACAGUACAAGGCGAUGUGGAACGAAUUGGAGAUGUUGGUGAAAAAUAACUUGCACACCGACAAUCACAGGAGCGUCUACACGUGUCUGUUGGAGUGCCACAAGUUUAAUUUCGAAGAGGACAAGAUUGCCGAGAAGGUCGAGUUGGACGAGGCACUGAAUCAACUGGAUAAUAUAGGCCCUGGGAAGUCCGAAGAGCUGCCCCGGGCCUCGGUAAUCCGUGCCACGACCGACUCUCCGAUGUCCCCACCUCCGUUGGCCAGUAUAGCCCCUCCCCUGUCGAGGACCAUGAGCAGAAGCAGAGGUAUAUACAACACACAGCACAGAACGCUCCUAGAAAUAUUCACCGCUUCUCAAGAUAAGGGGAAGUCCAGGCCGGAUUUCGCAGGACGGCAAGGUGAUAGUUUGGUGGCGAAGUUGUAUCCUAACCUUAAGACCGAGGAUAGGGGGCCGAGAGAAGGAAUGGAGGUGGAGUAAUCGUGUGUAGGAUAGGGAGUAAGAGGAUGAUGUAUAUAUUUUUAUUUGUUACAGUCUCUUUCGUUAAGGAUAAAGUAUAUUAGUUUCUAA